AUGGAAUACCCAGACGAGCUCGAUGACCCUGCUCAACUCACCAUGGAAGACUUCGUUGGUCAGUCACAGGACAUAGACAUGUUCACUCGUGCGCAUGACGGCCUUCAGUCGGAAGUUGAUUCUAUUCGUUUCGCGUUGGCAGGUAGGGUUGGGCCGGAGGCAGACGAGGAGGUCGACCGGUGCCAGAUCCGCCUGAAUGCCCAGCAAGGCAUCGCUCCCAUUCCUCCUCGACCCGAAAGCACUAUCACUCGUGACAUCGAUCCGGUCAUCGGAGUGUCGCGUUCGUUGCCUGAUGUCAGGGCACGUUCUCUGGAUGAUACGCUGGCGCUUGGCGCUGUAUGCGUUUACAUGCUCAAUGCCUGCUUCACCGGCCCCGCUGAGGACUUUGGAUGGGAGAGGCUGACUGUCCCACAAUCGCUGGAGCCACGUCGUGGAAGCAAUGUGUACGUAUCCCCUGCUGGUGCUCCUGGGGCACCAUCCAGUCAUGCACCAGCGGGUGGUUAUGCUCCACCUCCUGGGCCGCCUCCUCAAGGAGGAUCGGGCGAGUAUCGCUUCUCUUUAAUUAAUGGCGAAGUAGGUCAAUCAGCACAAUCAUACUCGCACACCCCCACUAUCACUCGUGACAUCGACUCGGUCAUUGGAGUGUCGCGUUCGUUGCCUUAUACAACAGCCUUAUCAAUUUGGCCUGUCCCCCCUUUCAGGGAGACACUAACCAAGGACAAUCACGUCAAGAGUCGCGCAUACAAUGCCGAGGGUGCUCAGAUUCAAGUCCCCAUGCACAGAAUUCCGAACGUCCCUUUGGGCAAAGUCGAACAAAGACACGUCGUCAGGAGUUUUUUUUCCCUAGACUCUACGCCGCAGCGUCUGAAGACCCUUCCUGGGUCGGAUUAUCUCAAGAAGACUUCGCUCUGA